AUGAAUCCCACAAUUGCCUGUUUUCUUAUUAGCCUGCAGUUUACUGCUUCACUCUGUGACCAGCUGACUGGUGGUGUCUGUCCUGACUUCACUGCCAUGUUUGUUGCAGGGAUAGACCAGACUGUUGACGAUCCUAAUGUCCUUCUCAGUGAUCCAGAGCAGACCUUCUUCAAGGAGAUAAUGGGGUUCAGAGAUGAUGAAAUUCAACAUGCUUUUGACGAUGCUGUCAAAUUCUUUAAUGACAGAUACGGUCUAGACUUCUCCCUCUCUCAACCGAAUGAGCAAAGUGUGCAUGUCCUUGGAAAUGCAACACUGAGUCUGUUUCGAAUCGUAGAAAAUGUCCACUACCUGCUGAUGUUGAACAACUGGAUUCAAACUGGAAACACUCGUACAACGUGUCGGGAAAUUCAAUUUGGAGGGAGCAAAUCCAUCACGGUGAGGAACAAGGUUGGAGAGAGCACACGAACCCUGUUUGACACCUCUGAGAAAUGCUGA